CGGAGUUGCUGGAGCUUCUUGACAGAACAGAGCCGAGCUGGGGCCUUGGGAGGACUGGCCGGGAGCGGCGGAGAACCUUCAGCUCCCGGUCUGGGGGUCCAUCGCUGUCCUCGCCCCUCCUCUCUGCCUCUUCUCGCGCUGCCUCCCUCGGUUGAUUUUUUCAAACGGUGUAGCCGCCAGAGGUGCGGGGCUAAAUUCUUGGAAGGGGCCCGGAUGUACUGAGGAUGCAUUACAAUUUCACUCAAGGAGGCAGUAGUAGAAAGGAGCAGUUUUUGGUGUUUGAUGCAAUAAUGGGAAUCAGGUAAUCAUCAGAAGGGAAGAAGAAAUACCGCAGCUCCACGGCUUCCUUGAAUUUUGCACGAAAGCCUCCUGCCUCGGAGGAGAGAUUAAUCCAGACCCGCCGGGGGGGUGUUUUGACAUCUCUUCCUCUUUGUGGCUUCUCCUUUUAAAACAAUUUUUGGUCAAUGGUCAAUGAAAACACGAGGAUGUACAUCCCAGAGGAAAACCACCAAGGUUCCAACUAUGGGAGCCCACGCCCAGCUCAUGCCAACAUGAAUGCCAAUGCAGCGGCAGGGCUUGUCCCCGAGCACAUCCCCACGCCCGGGGCAGCCCUGUCCUGGCAGGCAGCCAUCGAUGCGGCCCGGCAGGCCAAGCUGAUGGGAAGCGCUGGCAAUGCGACCAUCUCCACGGUCAGCUCCACCCAGCGGAAGCGGCAGCAGUAUGGGAAACCCAAGAAGCAGGGCAGCACCACUGCCACACGCCCGCCUCGCGCCCUGCUCUGCCUCACUCUAAAGAACCCCAUCCGGAGGGCGUGCAUCAGCAUUGUCGAAUGGAAAUAUCCUUUACCAUUUGAAAUCAUUAUUUUACUGACUAUUUUUGCCAAUUGUGUGGCCUUAGCGAUCUAUAUUCCCUUUCCAGAAGAUGACUCCAACGCCACCAAUUCCAACCUGGAACGAGUGGAAUAUCUCUUUCUCAUCAUUUUUACUGUGGAAGCAUUUUUAAAAGUAAUAGCCUAUGGACUUCUCUUUCACCCUAAUGCUUACCUCCGCAAUGGUUGGAAUUUACUAGAUUUUAUCAUUGUGGUUGUAGGGCUUUUUAGUGCAAUUUUAGAACAAGCAACCAAAGCUGACGGGGCAAAUGCUCUAGGAGGGAAAGGGGCUGGAUUUGAUGUGAAGGCGCUGAGGGCGUUCCGCGUGCUGCGCCCCUUGCGGCUGGUGUCUGGAGUCCCGAGUCUCCAGGUGGUUCUGAACUCCAUCAUCAAGGCCAUGGUCCCCCUGCUGCAUAUCGCCCUGCUAGUGCUGUUUGUCAUCAUCAUCUACGCUAUCAUUGGCCUGGAGCUCUUCAUGGGGAAGAUGCAUAAGACCUGCUACAACCAGGAAGGCAUAGCAGAUGCUCCAGCAGAAGACGACCCCUCCCCUUGUGCUCUGGAGACAGGCCAUGGACGGCAGUGUCAGAACGGCACCGUGUGCAAGCCUGGGUGGGAUGGGCCCAGGCACGGCAUCACCAACUUCGACAACUUCGCCUUCGCCAUGCUGACGGUGUUCCAGUGCAUCACCAUGGAGGGCUGGACAGACGUGCUCUACUGGGUCAAUGAUGCCGUAGGAAGGGACUGGCCCUGGAUCUAUUUUGUUACACUAAUCAUCAUAGGGUCAUUUUUUGUACUUAACUUGGUUCUCGGUGUCCUUAGCGGAGAGUUCUCCAAAGAAAGGGAGAAAGCCAAGGCUCGAGGAGAUUUCCAAAAGCUGCGAGAGAAGCAGCAGCUGGAAGAGGACCUGAAAGGCUACCUGGACUGGAUCACACAGGCAGAAGACAUCGACCCCGAGAACGAGGACGAAGGCAUGGAUGAGGAAAAGCCCCGAAACAUGAGCAUGCCCACAAGUGAGACGGAGUCUGUCAACACUGAGAACGUGGCUGGUGGUGACAUCGAAGGAGAAAACUGUGGGGCCAGGCUGGCCCACCGGAUCUCCAAGUCAAAGUUCAGUCGCUACUGGCGUCGGUGGAAUCGAUUCUGCAGAAGAAAGUGUCGUGCCGCAGUCAAGUCCAAUGUCUUCUACUGGCUGGUGAUCUUCCUGGUGUUCCUCAACACGCUCACCAUUGCCUCGGAACAUUACAACCAGCCCCACUGGCUCACAGAAGUGCAAGACACAGCUAACAAGGCCCUCCUGGCCCUUUUCACUGCGGAGAUGCUGCUCAAGAUGUACAGCCUGGGCCUGCAGGCCUACUUCGUGUCGCUCUUCAACCGCUUCGACUGCUUCAUCGUGUGCGGGGGCAUCCUAGAGACCAUCCUGGUGGAGACCAAGGUCAUGUCUCCCUUGGGCAUCUCUGUGCUCCGAUGUGUUCGGCUCCUGAGGAUAUUUAAAAUCACCAGGUACUGGAACUCCUUAAGCAACCUGGUGGCAUCCUUGCUGAACUCUGUGCGCUCCAUUGCCUCCCUCCUGCUCCUCCUCUUCCUCUUCAUCAUCAUCUUCUCCCUCCUGGGGAUGCAGCUCUUUGGAGGGAAGUUCAACUUUGAUGAGAUGCAGACCCGAAGGAGCACAUUUGAUAACUUUCCCCAGUCCCUCCUCACCGUGUUUCAGAUCCUGACCGGGGAGGACUGGAAUUCGGUGAUGUAUGAUGGGAUCAUGGCUUAUGGCGGCCCCUCUUUUCCAGGGAUGUUAGUCUGUAUUUACUUCAUCAUCCUCUUCAUCUGUGGAAACUAUAUCCUACUGAAUGUGUUCUUGGCCAUUGCUGUGGACAACCUGGCUGAUGCUGAGAGCCUCACAUCUGCCCAAAAAGAGGAAGAAGAAGAAAAGGAGAGAAAGAAGCUGGCCAGGACUGCCAGCCCAGAGAAGAAACAGGAGGUGAUGGAGAAGCCAGCAGUGGAGGAGACCAAGGAGGAGAAAAUCGAGCUGAAAUCCAUCACAGCUGACGGGGAGUCCCCGCCCACCACCAAGAUCAACAUGGAUGACCUGCAGCCCAAUGAGAAUGAGGAUAAGAGUGUCUACCCCAACCCAGAAACUACAGGAGAAGAGGAUGAGGAGGAGCCUGAGAUGCCUGUGGGCCCACGCCCACGCCCACUCUCUGAGCUGCAUCUUAAGGAGAAGGCAGUGCCCAUGCCCGAAGCCAGUGCAUUUUUCAUCUUCAGCCCCAACAACAGGUUUCGCCUCCAGUGCCACCGUAUCGUCAAUGACUCCAUCUUCACCAACCUGAUCCUCUUCUUCAUUCUGCUCAGCAGCAUUUCCCUGGCUGCCGAGGACCCUGUCCAGCACACCUCCUUCCGGAACCAUAUUCUGUUUUAUUUUGAUAUUGUUUUUACUACCAUUUUCACCAUUGAAAUUGCUCUGAAGAUCCUAGGCAAUGCAGACUAUGUCUUCACUAGUAUCUUUACAUUAGAAAUUAUCCUUAAGAUGACUGCUUAUGGGGCUUUCUUGCACAAGGGCUCCUUCUGCCGGAACUACUUCAACAUCUUGGACCUGCUCGUGGUCAGCGUGUCCCUCAUCUCCUUCGGCAUCCAGUCCAGUGCAAUCAAUGUUGUCAAGAUCUUGCGAGUUCUGCGAGUCCUCAGGCCCCUGAGAGCCAUCAACAGAGCCAAGGGACUAAAGCAUGUGGUUCAGUGCGUGUUCGUCGCCAUCCGGACCAUCGGGAACAUCGUGAUCGUCACCACGCUGCUUCAGUUCAUGUUCGCCUGCAUCGGGGUCCAGCUCUUCAAGGGAAAGCUCUACACCUGUUCAGAUAGCUCCAAGCAGACCGAGGCAGAAUGCAAGGGUAACUACAUCACAUACAAGGACGGGGAGGUUGACCAUCCCAUCAUCCAGCCCCGCAGCUGGGAGAACAGCAAGUUUGACUUCGACAAUGUUCUGGCAGCCAUGAUGGCCCUCUUCACUGUCUCCACCUUUGAAGGGUGGCCGGAGCUGCUGUAUCGCUCCAUUGACUCCCACACGGAAGACAAGGGCCCCAUCUACAACUACCGUGUGGAGAUCUCCAUCUUCUUCAUCAUCUACAUCAUCAUCAUUGCCUUCUUCAUGAUGAAUAUCUUUGUGGGUUUUGUCAUCGUCACCUUCCAGGAGCAGGGAGAGCAGGAGUACAAGAACUGUGAGCUGGACAAGAACCAGCGACAGUGUGUAGAAUAUGCCCUCAAGGCCCGGCCCCUGCGGAGGUACAUACCCAAGAACCAGCACCAGUACAAAGUGUGGUACGUGGUCAACUCCACCUACUUUGAGUACCUGAUGUUCGUCCUCAUCCUGCUCAACACCAUCUGCUUGGCCAUGCAGCACUACGGUCAGAGCUGCCUGUUUAAAAUGGCCAUGAACAUCCUCAACAUGCUCUUCACUGGCCUCUUCACUGUGGAGAUGAUUCUGAAGCUCAUUGCCUUUAAACCCAAGGGUUACUUUAGUGAUCCCUGGAAUGUUUUUGACUUCCUCAUCGUAAUUGGCAGCAUAAUUGACGUCAUUCUCAGUGAAACUAAUCACUAUUUCUGUGAUGCAUGGAAUACGUUUGACGCCUUGAUUGUUGUGGGUAGCAUUGUUGAUAUAGCAAUCACCGAGGUAAACCCAGCUGAACAUUCCCAAUGCCCUCCCUUUAUGAAUGCAGAGGAGAAUUCCCGCAUCUCCAUCACCUUCUUCCGCCUCUUCCGGGUCAUGCGCCUGGUCAAGCUGCUGAGCCGUGGAGAGGGCAUCCGGACCCUGCUGUGGACCUUCAUCAAGUCCUUCCAGGCCCUGCCCUACGUGGCCCUGCUGAUAGUGAUGCUGUUCUUCAUCUACGCCGUGAUCGGGAUGCAGGUGUUUGGGAAAAUUGCCCUGAAUGACACUACAGAGAUCAACCGCAACAAUAACUUUCAGACCUUCCCCCAAGCUGUGCUGCUCCUCUUCAGGUGUGCCACUGGGGAGGCGUGGCAGGACAUCAUGCUGGCCUGCAUGCCAGGGAAGAAGUGCGCCCCGGAGUCUGAGCCCAGCAACAGCACAGAAGGGGAGACGCCCUGUGGCAGCAGCUUCGCCGUCUUCUACUUCAUCAGCUUCUAUAUGCUCUGUGCCUUCCUGAUCAUCAACCUCUUUGUAGCUGUCAUCAUGGACAACUUUGAUUACCUGACAAGGGAUUGGUCAAUCCUUGGUCCCCACCAUCUGGAUGAAUUUAAAAGAAUCUGGGCCGAGUAUGACCCUGAAGCCAAGGGUCGUAUCAAACACCUGGAUGUGGUGACCCUGCUGCGCCGGAUUCAGCCCCCACUGGGUUUUGGGAAGCUGUGCCCUCACCGUGUGGCUUGCAAACGUCUGGUCUCCAUGAACAUGCCUCUGAACAGUGAUGGGACAGUCAUGUUCAAUGCCACCCUGUUUGCCCUGGUCCGGACAGCCCUGAGGAUCAAAACGGAAGGGAACCUGGAACAAGCCAAUGAGGAGUUGCGGGCCAUCAUCAAGAAGAUCUGGAAGCGGACCAGCAUGAAGCUGCUGGACCAGGUGGUGCCCCCCGCAGGUGAUGACGAGGUCACGGUUGGCAAGUUUUAUGCUACUUUCCUGAUCCAAGAGUACUUCCGGAAAUUCAAGAAGCGCAAAGAGCAGGGCCUCGUGGGCAAGCCCUCCCAGAGGAACGCCUUGUCCCUGCAGGCUGGCCUGCGCACGCUGCACGACAUCGGGCCUGAGAUCCGCCGGGCCAUCUCCGGAGACCUGACGGCUGAGGAGGAGCUGGACAAGGCCAUGAAGGAGGCUGUGUCUGCCGCCUCCGAGGACGACAUUUUCAGGAGAGCCGGGGGCCUGUUUGGUAACCAUGUCAGCUACUACCAAAGCGACAGCCGGAGCGCCUUCCCCCAGACCUUCACCACCCAGCGCCCACUGCACAUCAACAAGACCGGUAACAGCCCCGGCGACACCGAAUCGCCAUCCCACGAAAAACUGGUGGACUCCACUUUCACCCCCAGCAGCUACUCCUCCACUGGUUCCAAUGCCAACAUCAACAAUGCCAACAACACAGCCCUGGGCCGCUUUCCCCGCCCCACCGGCUACCCCAGCGCGGUCAGCACUGUGGAGGGCCACGGGCCACCCCUGUCUCCUGCCAUCCGGGUGCAGGAGGCAUCAUGGAAGCUCAGCUCCAACAGGGAAUUUCAUAUGACACUUUGUUCUGAUCUAGAGGAGGAAUGGGGAGCUCAGCAGACUCGGGCUUGCUCCCCUCUGCUCAGAAGAGCACACCCCCCUGUGUGCCACUCCCGGGAGAGCCAGAUAGCCAUGGUGUGUCAGGAGGAGUUUUCUCAGGACGAGACCUAUGAGGUGAAGAUGAGCGAGGACACGGAGUACUGCAGGGAGCCCAGCCUGGCCUCCACAGAGAGGCUCGCCUAUCAGGACGAUGAAAACCGACAGCUGACACCCCCAGAGGAGGACAGGAGGGACGUCCGGCAAUCUCCAAAGAAGGGUUUCCUCCGCUCCGCUUCCCUAGGUCGGAGGGCCUCCUUCCACCUAGAAUGUCUGAAGCGACAGAAGAAUCAAGGGGGAGACAUCUCUCAGAAGACAGUUCUGCCCUUGCAUCUGGUCCAUCAUCAGGCAUUGGCAGUGGCGGGCCUGAGCCCCCUCCUCCAGAGAAGCCAUUCUCCCACCACAUUUCCCAGGCCAUGCGCCACCCCCCCUGCCACGCCCGGCAGCCGAGGCUGGCCCCCGCAGCCCAUCCCCACGCUCCGGCUGGAAGGAACCGAGUCCAGCGAGAAACUCAACAGCAGCUUCCCAUCCAUCCACUGUGGCUCCUGGUCUGGGGACCCGACGCCCUGUGGGGAGAACAGCAGCGCCACCCGGAGAGCCCGGCCUGUGUCCCUCACUGUGCCCAGCCAGGCCGGGGCCUGGGGCCGGCAGUUCCAUGGCAGUGCCAGCAGUCUGGUGGAAGCGGUCUUGAUUUCGGAAGGACUGGGGCAGUUUGCCCAAGAUCCCAAGUUUAUCGAGGUCACGACCCAGGAGCUGGCUGAUGCCUGCGACAUGACCAUAGAGGAGAUGGAGAACGCUGCUGACAACAUCCUCAGUGGGGGCACCCAGCAGAGCCCCAACGGCACCCUACUACCUUUUGUUAACUGCAGGGACCGGGGGCAGGACAGAGCAGGGGGCGAAGAGGACGGGCCCUGUGGGCCCAGCCAGGAGUGUCGGAAGAGCGAGGAGGAGCUGCCGGACAGCAGAGCCCACGUCAGCAGCCUGUAG